CUAUAUCUGUUAACUGUGAAGUGGGCAAUCUCUGCCCCGCUCUGCUCCUCUUCGGGUUGUAGCUACAAGCAAGGGUUUAGCCUUAGCAAUUAUUUCAAGAAAUAGACACGCCAAGCAUCACGUCAUUCUGAGCUUCAUUUCUGUCACAGCAAGAGCCAAGUGAAAUGGCACUGCAACAUACAUUAAGGUUUCAGAAUUUAUUUGCACCUAUAAAAGAAUACAAAUUCAAAGGUUUUCUUUCAGCUGCUGGUAUUACUUGUCAUUCUGAAGCUAAAAGAACGAACACUGAGGUUUCUUCCUGUUGUUCUAGUCCAAAUUUUUUGAGGGUUCCUUGUCAGGGUGGUGAAUUCAGAAGUAGGGGAGUAAGAGCUUCUCGAGCAGUGGAAACACUCAGGUCUGAUGAUGGAAAAAAAAAACGAUGGGAAGAAUCUUGUGACACUGAUGAGGAUGAUGAUGGUUCUUCUGCAAGAAAAGGCCAGGGGGAUGACCCAUAUCUUAUGGAUUCUGAAGAGAGACGGGAAUGGAGAAGGAAGAUUAAAGAAGUAAUCGAUAGGUAUCCUGAUGUUGAGGAGCAGCUUGACCAUGAAGAAAAGAAGCUAAAGAUGCAGAAGCUCCUGGAUGAUUACCCCCUAGUUGUGGAGGAGGAUGAUCCAGAUUGGCCUGAAGAUGCUGAUGGGUGGGGAUUCAACUUGGGUCAGUUCUUCAACAAAAUAACUAUCAAGAAUGUCAAGAAGGAUGUUGAUGAUGAGAACUACGAUAGUGAAAAUGAAAUAGUUUGGCAAGACGAUAAUUACAUUCGUCCAAUCAAAGACAUCACUACGGCACAAUGGGAGGAGACAGUGUUCAAAGACAUCAGUCCUUUGAUCGUACUUGUACAUAAUCGAUAUAAAAGACCAAGGGAAAAUGAAAAGAUUCAAGAUGAACUGGAGAAGGCUGUGCACAUCAUAUGGAACUGCGGGCUACCUUCACCAAGAUGUGUAGCAAUUGAUGCUGUUGUUGAGACUGAUUUGGUCUCUGCUCUAAAAGUGUCCAUCUUCCCAGAAAUUAUUUUCACUAAAGCUGGAAAGAUCUUGCAUCGUGAGAAAGCUAUGCGAACUGCAGACGAGUUUUCAAAAAUAAUUGCGUACUUCUAUUAUGGAGCUGGCAAGCCACCUUGUUUGAAUGGCAUUGAAGAUAGCCAGGAAUUGAUCCCAUCCGUUUCCCUAGCAGAUAAAAAUGCUAAAAUUAUUGAUGUACAGCCACUUCAAUAGGAGUAAAAGUUUCCAAGAUUAGUGAUGUUCUUCCAUGUGUUGUUCCUGUUAUAAAUGUAAUCAUUUAACUCCUGUGCAAGAGCCGUAAGAUCAUAAAUAUUUUGUUCUUCUUUUGUAAGAUAAAGUGUGGAGCUAUCUGCCAUUAGGGUUUUGAUUUGCCCAAUUUCUCGAGUUCAGUACCUCAAUCCUCUACAGUUUUUGUGUUUC